AUGGCCGAACGAGCAGAGUUCAAUAGGAAGUGCACCAAUAGCACGGGCCCCCUUUAUUCGGCGGAUCUUUUUUUGGCGGCGACCCCGCGGAGCGGCCAAAAGGCCAUGGUCGGCCUGAGGGGUUGGCGCCUUCUGGGCCGUGCACGACGCCGAUCCACGGGCCCGCUCGUGGCCCUGAGCUUGGCCUUGAGCUCCCACUUGGCCCACCUGUCCUGGAAUGCCUUGCCGGGCUUUGUGGCCGCCUGGGCGCCGACACCGACGGUGCACCAUUCUGGCAGCCGGCUACUUGCGGGCUCAGUCCGCGCCGUGGCCAGUGCGGUGGAAGCAGGACCUGCCGUGAAAACGCUGAGCGAGGCGAGUCUCCAAGCGCAGGUGGAAGGCUUCUUCGCCAGGGCGCUGGCUGAUGUUGCAGGAGAAGCCAAGGUGAUGGUUGCGCCGGCGGAUCCGCGCUUUGGCGACUACCAGUGCAACAAUGCCAUGGGCCUCUUCAAACAGAGCAAGAAGGAGGGCGGCAAGGAGGGCUGGAAGAGCCCCAGAGAUGUUGGCGAGGCGAUCAAGGCCGCGCUGCCUGCGGAAGCCUCGGAGCUGUUCGAGGAGGUCAAUGUGGCACCGCAGGGCUUCAUCACGGUGAAGCUGAGCCCACAGUGGCUCCACAAGCAAGUGGCGGAGCUCUUCGACCAUGGCCUUCAGCUGCGGAGCAGUAUGUCUCAGCGCAUCGUCAUCGACUAUUCCUCUCCCAACAUAGCCAAGGAGAUGCAUGUGGGCCACCUGAGGUCCACCAUCCUGGGAGACACCAUGGCCAACCUUUUCGAAGACUUGGGUCACGAGGUGGUUCGUCUGAACCAUGUCGGUGACUGGGGAACCCAGUUCGGAAUGUUGCUGGAGUACAUGAGGAGGGAGGAGGCACUAGACGGCGAAGCUUCCUCCAUGGUGGUCAGCGAUUUGCAAAAGUUCUACCGCAGUGCUAAGGAGGCUUUUGACGAGGAUGACGAAUUCCGAAAGAAGGCGCAAACCAAUGUGGUGGAGCUUCAGAGUGGUGCCGACUGGGCACGCGCAGCCUGGAACCGCAUUUGUGAAGCGAGCCGGAAAGAGUUUGACACCGUCUACGGCAGGCUACAGAUUCGAGGCCUGCAGGAGCGUGGUGAGUCUUUCUACAACAAGAUGCUUCCAGGCGUCGUUGAGGAGCUGCAAGAGAAGGGGUUGGUGACCGAAAGUGACGGAGCCUUGUGCGUCUUCACGAACGUGUCUGAGACACCGUUGAUAGUCCAGAAGGCUGACGGGGGGUUUGGCUACGAUUCUACAGAUUGUGCGGCCGUGCAACACCGGAUCAACGAGGAGAACGCGAAUCGAGUUAUCUAUGUUAUCGACAACGGCCAGGAGCUUCACAUGCGAAUGGUCUUCAGUGCCGCAGAGCAAGCAGGGUGGCUUUCGGGGGGCGCUCGCUUGGACUUCAUGGGUUUCGGGCUGGUUCAAGGCCAAGACGGUAAGAAGUUCAAGACACGAUCUGGAGAGGUGGUUCGCUUAAGAGACCUCUUGGACGAAGCCGCUGACCGGUCAGAGGUCGAGCUAAGGAAACGGGCAGAGAAUGCCAAUAUCGUCUUGGACGAAGACAAGGAACGAAAGUUGAAGCAGAAUGCCGAAAGUAUCGGAAUGGCUGCCGUGAAGUAUUUCGACCUUCGUCAGAAUCGAAACUCCGAUUACCGGUUCUCCUAUGACUCCAUGCUGGAUCCCAAGGGCAACACCGCGGUCUAUGUCCUCUAUGCCUAUGCGCGUAUUGCAGGAGUGCUGAGACGGGCUGAUUUCGAGAUAGGCACUCUCUCUACAACCGACCUCGAGUUGACGGAGGCUCCGGAAAGGGCGCUGGCGUUGCGCCUCUUGCGCCUGCCCGAGGUCAUUGCACAAGUGGAGGAUGACCUUUUCCCCAGUAGGCUGGUGGAUCACAUGUAUGGCCUUGCGACGGAUUUCUCCAGCUUCUACACAGAGUGCCCUGUGGUUGGGUCGGAGCAGCAGAAGAGUCGACUGAUCCUUUGCGAGGUCGUUCGUCGACAGCUUGCUUAUUGCCUCGGUCUCUUGCGCAUUGAGCCCUUCGAGCAGCUUUGA